CGUCGACCUCGUCGUGUGUGUGUUGUUUUCAGACUCUCGUCACUACACAGUCGCAGCAGAGGCAGCGACGCGAUCACUUUCACUCUUUCUUCGUCCACCCCACCUCUCUGCUGCCACCAUGGAUGUUGAUCUCAUCAAGAUCGUCAACAAGCUCCAGGACACCUUCGCUGCCAUUGGAGGAGAGACGGUCGAUCUCCCGCAAUGCGUCGUCGUAGGCGCUCAGAGCUCUGGCAAAUCGAGCGUGCUGGAGACCAUCGUCGGCAAGGAUUUCCUUCCCAGAGGAUCAGGCAUCGUCACACGUCGUCCGCUUGUCCUUCAGCUCGUCCACACUCCUCCACCUACCGCCUCAUCCAACAACGACCGCAGCUCGUCAUCGUCAUCUUCAUCCUCAAAACCAACAGUGGCCUCAUCGCUGCCACCUGGAACAGAGUAUGCCGAGUUCCUUCACCUCGACAAGCGCUUCACCGACUUCGCAGAUGUCCGCAAGGAGAUUGAGAACGAGACAUUUCGCGUCGCCGGGCAGAACAAGGGCGUGUCGAAGCUGCCCAUCCACCUCAAGAUCUACAGCCCCAAUGUCCUCAAUCUGACCCUCGUCGACCUGCCCGGCCUCACAAAGAUCCCAGUCGGCGAUCAGCCUUCCGACAUCGAGAGGCAGAUCUACGGACUCGUCUCGAGUUACAUCUCAAAGCCCAAUUGCAUCAUCAUUGCUGUCAGCCCCGCCAACGUCGACCUGGCGAAUUCAGACAGCUUGAAGCUGGCUCGCGCCAUCGACCCCCAAGGGAGGCGGACAAUUGGAGUCUUGACCAAGCUUGACCUCAUGGACCAGGGCACUCACGCCCUUGACAUUCUCACUGGGCGAGUUUAUCCGCUCAAGCUGGGCUUCAUUGGCGUUGUCAACCGCUCGCAGCAGGACAUCAACGGCAAUGUUUCGAUGCUCUCAGCGAGGAGGUCAGAGGAAGAGUUCUUCAAGACGCACCCAGCCUAUCGCAACAUCGCCCAUCGCUGCGGAACAAAAUACCUGGCAAAGACGCUCAACAGCGUUCUGAUGAACCACAUUCGUGACAAGCUGCCGGACAUGAAGGCUCGUCUCAACACGUUGAUGGGGCAGACGCAGCAAGAGCUCGCUGCGUUUGGCGACACGACCUUCCUGGGCGACCAGCACCGCGGGACCCUUAUCCUGAAGCUCAUGACCCAAUUCGCGCGAGACUUUGUCGCCUCCAUCGACGGAACUACGUUCGACAUCUCAACUAAAGAGCUAUGCGGAGGCGCCCGCGUCUACUACAUCUUCCAUGACGUGUUCGGCCACGCACUGGACAGCAUCAAUCCGACGCAGAACCUCACCGUUCAGGAUAUUCGCACCGCAAUCCGCAACUCCACCGGCCCGCGACCCAGCCUCUUCGUCCCAGAAGCAGCCUUUGAGUUGCUCGUCAAGCCACAAAUCAAGCUCCUCGAGCCGCCGAGCCUGCGUUGCGUUGAGCUCGUCUACGAGGAGCUCAUGAAGAUCUGCCACAACUGCACCUCCAAGGAGCUCGAGCGCUUCCCUCGCUUGCACGCGCAACUGAUAGAGGUAGUCUCUGAGCUGCUGAGAGAGAGGCUUGGCCCUACCUCCGAGUAUGUGCAAAGCCUCAUCGACAUUCAGGCCGCCUACAUCAAUACCAACCACCCGUCCUUCGUACAGGACUCGGCCAACAUCGCUCGCCAGACACGUGAAGGGGACCAGCAUGCGCAGAGGCAAAUGAUUACGCAGCGUCGCAACUCCACGGGGUCGGAGUCGGCGAAUGGCGCGGCGAUCAUGACUGAUGAUGAUGACGAGCCGGGAGACUCAUCGGGGCGCAAGGUGAAUGGGACGUCUUCCACGAAGGGUCAUCGCAGCAGCGGCAAAGGCGGGCGCGGCGAGGGUUCAAGCCGUCAUCACCACGACUCAGCGCCGUCCCAGUCACAACGAGGGGACCCGCCCUCCCACAUCCUGCGUGGCGCCCCACCGCCCCACCAGUCCCCUGCCCCUCGCGAAUCCUUCCUCGAUUACUUCUUUGGCGGGGCCUCCGGAGCACCGGGCUCAAGCUCAGCAGGCGCUGUCCCCGGCCUCGGGCCCGCCACCCCUGCACACCGGGGCAACAUUCUUGGCGACCUCCACGGGCAUGGCUCCUCUCAUCACCACUCCAGCCACCACUCUCGCUCGGCGUCGUCGUCGUACAAGACGAACCCUAUGGCAGGCCGCGAAGGUAGCUCUGCAGCUUACGAUAUGAAGUCGCUGGACAAGCACCUUGAAGCCACGCCUAAUCACGCGGACGACUUCUCCCUCUCUGAGCGCGAGGUGCUCGAGACUAACCUGAUUCGAUCACUCAUCGCCUCUUACUUCGGUAUCGUGAGGCAAUGCAUCCAGGACCUGGUGCCGAAAGCCGUCAUGCAUUUGCUCGUCAACUUCUCGCGCGAGUCGGUCCAGAACAGGCUGGUGAGCGCACUGUACAAGGAGACGCUCUUUGGGAGCUUGCUAGAGGAGGACGAGGCGUUGACGAAUGAGAGGAAGAGAUUGAUGGAGCUACUGGGGACCUACAAGGAGGCGAUGAUGCUGUUGUCGGGCAUCUAAGAGCAGGGAGAAUCAGGCGCUUCGUGUUCGUGUGGUGCUCACUACUCUGUAUUCUGGUUUUGUGUUCGGUAUGACAUUCGAAGAAUCACUGCUGCGUACAUCCGAGGGACUUGCGAUGAGACGACAGAAUGACGAGGUUGGCUGGAGGAAGAAUGAUGGGGCAGAGGGUGAUGAUCAGUCGUAGCUCGGGAAGCUCCGGCAGAGAACCGGUCGGCUGAGGGAGCCAGUCCAGAGAGGCUGACGAGAUGACAAAGGCUGUGCUUUCCAAACGUGAUGAUGCCUG